CACCCGUGUGUCUUCACACACACUGUCCUGCGGCACCGUGGCCUUGGGGGGAUUUUGGCCCAGCCCCGAUGCCCUCCAGCAUCAUUGGAACUGUGCAGUGGGAUGGGAGCUGCCGUGGUUCUGUGAUGGAGCGUUGAUCCUGGGGUCCAUUGAUCCUGGAGCCUUCACAGCUGUGGAGUUGCCUCGUGGCUGUGAUGCUUCCCCUGGGCUGCCUGCUCUGGGCUGUGUUAAGCAGCAUGGCCAGCAGGCUUCUGUGGUGCUGGGUUUAAAGAGCUGUCUCUCCGCUUGUGUCAUUCCUUGGGGAGAAGGGGAAGCCUUGGCUCAGACAGGGAGCAGGAAUCUGUGCCCCCUUCAUACACAGGGAGCUGUGGACUGGGACUGGUGGGAUGUGAGGGAGCUGUGAUAUGUAGAAGCUGCUUCAGGCUGUAAGUGUGAGUGAAGUGCAGAAGGGAGAAUUAAAUGAGGUUCCUUAGGGCUUUGUUUCCCCUUUUGUGACCCAUUUGAUUUUCUGUGCAGUUACUUAAAAUAUUGAUCAGUUAAAAAGGAACAUUUUGUUAGUUCUUGAUAUCGCUGCGGUUGUUGGCUUUUCUUUGCCGUGUUCUGUUCAUCACAUAGAGCUGUGCUGGUCCAUGCAGACUGAGGCUGUCUGUGUGCAAACACCCAGCUCUUUGAUUUAUAAAAUGCAUGAAAUUAGGAACUGUGCAGCUCUGCAGUGUUGAUAGGGACGAUGGCAGUGUGUCUGGAGGGCAGUUCUGUGUGUUACUGAGCAUCCUAAGAGACGUUCAGGAGCAGAUGAGCGGAGGAUUUGCUCCGCAGUGUCUCAUAAACAGAUGAGCGUUUGACUUUGGAAAAUGGUUAAAGUGGAGCAACUCUUUCCUAUAAACAUGUUGCUUUCUGAAUGUAUAUUCUCAUGUCAUCUCUUUGACUCCUUGCAUUUCUCUGCUUGGGGAUUUAUUUUCCUGAAUGCAUCAGAACGUUUUGGAGGGAAACGUUGCUUUUAAGCGGACUCUUCAUGCACUGCAAAACUUCUCCACGUCUCCUGAUUCUGGGGGAGCUGGAAUGUCCCUGUUUCCCAGCAGCUCAUGGUGCUGUUACCAGAGAUGCUCCUUCCCCUGUCUGAUGAGAAGUGCUUUGGUGGCAGUCUUUUGUUUCUGUCCCACGUGCAGUUUAUCUGCAUGGACUCUUCUUAAGUGAAGUCCACACACUGCUGUGGUUCCCUCUGCUGUCCUGCCCUGCAGUUAGUUCAUGCUCUGUAUACCUGGGCUCCUUGCUGCAGGUUGUUGCACUGCAGGCAGGAUUUCCACCUGCUCGUGCUGCUGUCCAAGGUCCUGCACGUCCGGAGUCCUCCUGGUGUGGGGUCUUCAUUGCUGCCCCUGGGAGGUGCAGACAUGGCAGCAUGGCAGAGCUUUUCCCAAUCCUUCGGGUUUUUUAAGAAAAAUGAGCACUCGUUGAAAAGCUCCAUUUUUGAUAGAGCCAAAGGUUGAGUUUGUUGCAGGAAUUAUUCAAAUGGCUGCGUUAGAAUUGGCAGAAUUGUCUGCUUGGCUCUUUCUUGCUCAGCUGAGGGUGCAAAUCACUUCUGAACGCAGAGAGGUUGUUGUUUGACUUCCAUCUUAAGAUGGAGCAGGAAGGCUUGGGCUUGCUGCUGGAGCAAGCGUGGUUCACAGACACUUAUAGUCUUACACUAUCCCUUGUCAGAGCUAAAAGCAGAGCUGGGGCAGUGGUGAUGGAUGAGUGCUUUGCUUUGCCAUUCCACUUGCCUGCUGUAGCCAUAAUGUCCCCCAUGUCCAUGAUUUUAUAGGAUAGUUUGACAGCGUCCCUCAAGGGAGAGUGCUGUAAAGAUUUGCUGAUUGAUUAUAAAUGUAAAUCAUGCUUAAAAUGUGUCAGUUUCAACUUAGUUUAUAAAGACAUUGUAGGUAAGAGCUCUGUAUUGGCUUUCUUCAGGACACCUGAAUUUCCUGCUCUCUGCCAAAGGAGCGUUAGAAAUGAGAUGGAAAGGAAAAAGUCAGCUCUGCAGAGCAAAGUUUUGCAGUUCUCCAGUUGUACUGCAUAUAUGCAUUCUCUCCUAAUUCAAACAGGAUGUAACGCAAGGUCCCAGUUUGCAUUUUGUCUGUUUCCUAACAUCUGCAUGUGCUUUUCCACACAUAGGCGGUGCUGGCCUGCAGCCUGCAGAUGAGCCCACUGCCUGGAUCUGCCACUCCAGAGCACCUGCUUUGAAUUUGGGAAUUCACACGUAAUAAUUCCAACAAGUACUCCUGGCUUAUUCCUGCAGGAGAGCCUGGCUUCAUGGCUUUGAUGCCUGUGGACCAGCUAACUCAGGGACUGGGAGCUGCAGGAGUAUUUAAUUUCUUUUUGUUUCUGCCUGUUGGGUCCCCAGAAGCUGUCCUGUGCCUCAGAGCUCCCUCAUCCUGGCAUACCAAGCUGUGUCCUGAAUCACUGCUGGCUUAGUACUGCGCUCCGACCAUUCCUACAACUGUGAUCUCACAGCUCUUGUUACAGAAUUACUUGCUGAAGCACAUGUGCUUUUCCUCCAGCCCCGCUCUUCUUUGCUAAGUGUGUUCAUAAUCCAAGAUUGGAGAAUUAGCCUGGCUCAGCAGUUUGUGUAUCCCCAAACUGAUCCCCUCUGUGCGGCAUUGUGGAGCAUUCAGCUAUUUGUUUUGACCUCAGAACUAUUAUUCAAGGCAGAGGAUGAGAUACUGUGCAAAACCCUUUCCAGAUUUGUAUGCAGUCACUUCUAUUCCGUGCCCUUCUCCAGGUGUAUCAUUGCCCCAGAGCAGGAGGUGAGCUGCUAACGAGUAGCAGAGACACAAUCACAGAAAAAGGAGCUAUUGCCUCGUGCUGUGACGUUCCAUAUGAAGGCCAAAAAAAGCUGAUGCAUCCAGUAUGUAGGCUUUGUUAUUGCUUCAGAUCAGGCAGUGAGUUUGGACAUCAUUGUUUCAUGCUCUUCCAACCUCUGAACACAUCGUUCACAGGCUCUGCUGCUGGUGACCAGCCUGUUGCCCUCAUGCUUAGUUUUCUGCACACAGUGACCUGCUGCUCACCUGGGCAGGAGGAGGAAGGUGUCUGCUGGGUUGUGAUUGUCUGCAGAAUGUCUGAUUGACUUUGCAAAGAACAAAAAGCAGUUCUGUGCUUUCACACGGGGAAUGCAGGCACGAAGGGGAGAAGUGAAUGCUAACAUGAAACAGGGUAGAAUGAGGAAUUAUGCUUGGAUGUCAGCUGUUCAUGUUCUCUUGCUUUAAGCUAUAUGGUGAUGACAGGGUUUACUUUCAGUGCGGUUGUGUUUUUUGUUGCUUUAUGAUGUAAACAUUCUAUUUUUAAAUCUUUGUAGUGCAAAGUCGUUUUGAAAGAUGGAAGCGCUGCACUGGCUGUCUCUGAUGGGACUCCUGCAGUAAUGCAGUGUGACCUUCUGUGUGCUCCAGGAGAUUGAAUUUCACCCAGAAAUUCAUCACUGGGUUCAAUAACCUUAAGCAGAGCGGCUCUCUUUUCAAAGGAUUUCCAAGGCCGAGCUCCUUGUCCCCGUGACUCCACCCUCUGCGAUGUGCACAGGCAGUGUUCAAGUUACCUCUUGAUCUUUCUUCGCCUUAAGUAGGUUCAGAUGCCUCUAGUUUUCCAGGCUGGGUCACUUUGCAGUUCCUGUCCUGAGUCCUCUCCAAGAAUUCACUCCUCGCUGGAGAACCUCAUGGGCCCCAGUAGGUGGGAGCAACUUUCUGUUGACGUUCGUAAACUGGGCAAUGUGAAUCUGUUCUUUGUGACUGAAGAGUUUAUUUUCUUUACUGCUUCUUGGACAUACCAUGAGACUGCAGUGGAAGAGCAUCUGUGGAAGAUGUGAUCACUUAAGGCCCAGGUCUUAAAAUUCUCCCAAGUUUUAAUACUUGCCCUUAGGCUGUGCACACCAUUGGGCUGUAACUGUGGACAUGGCAUUGGCAGUUAUACUGCAGAAACUGCAUUGACGUCAGAGGAGUCCCAGUGGCAAUGAUGCGGUUGCUAGAUGGUUGAUUUUGGAUUUUGUUUAUUUUAGAAGUAACUGAAUGCACCUGAAAUGUUCAUCAGAAUGAAGCUGGUGUGAAAGCACAGAGUUUAAAGUGCCUGUGUGGGUGCAGAUUCACUUCCACCACUGUUCUGUUCCAGAUUCUGCUACACCCUGCUAAAUCUGUCAAUCUGGAGGCUAAGGAGAUGGUGCUUUCUGGACUGCUGUGGGUCCCACAAGUUCCCAGCCCUUGUUUUGGCCAUUGUUUCUGGUGAAAACAACUAAAUCACAAAGGCUGAGGUUGGACUCGCCUGGCAUGGACCUUUCUUUGGAGACCACAGCCUCAGGACGGGCGUUUGCAUGCUUCUAGGAUCGUGUGUAAAGCUCCCAGCUUUCAGAACUAUACCCUUCGCAGAUGUUACAGCCGUGUGAAGGAGCAUGGUGUUGGGAAGAGGAAAAGCAGCUACACAUUUGAACAGCUGGAGCAGGUGUUUGGCCAGGGAGGAUGGGAUUCCCAGCCCUGCCAGCCUGUCCUCAUCAACAGCAGCGGCUUGUACCAGGAGCUGGAGUCAGAUGGCAGCACCAUGGAGGAGUACUCACAGGAAGACUGGGGAAACCACAGUCAGGAUCUUCAUUGCUACCAGACUGGUGAGCAGGAAUUAGAUGAAAUGCCCACCACAAAAAGAACAUUGAAGAUAAAACAGGAAUCUUCAGAAGACGCUCAGAAGCGCGACGUCAUGCAGAACAUUAUGCAAAUCCUGGAGUCUGUCCAGUUGAAGUGGGAGCUGUUUCAGAGCUGGACGGACUUCUCCAGGCUCCACCUCUCCAACAAACUGGCCAUCUUUGGCAUCGGCUACAACACGCGCUGGAAGGAGGACAUUCGCUACCACUACGCGGAGAUCAGCUCGCAGGUCCCGCUGGGCAAACGGCUCCGGGAGUAUUUCAACUCGGAGAAGCCGGAGGGCAGAGUCAUCAUGACCAGAGUGCAGAAAAUGAACUGGAAAAACGUUUACUACAAGUUCCUGGAGAUCACCAUCAGCGAAGCCAGGUGCCUCGAGCUGCACAUGGAGAUUGACUGGAUCCCCAUCGCUCACUCCAAGCCGACGGGAGGCAACGUUGUUCAGUAUUUAUUGCCGGGGGGCAUCCCCAAGAGCCCGGGUCUGUACGCCAUCGGGUACGAGGAGUGCCACGAGAAGCCACACUCGCCUCUGGCGGAGCCGCGGGGCCCCGAUGCCAGCAAUGAGACUCCGGGGGAGCUGGAGGCGCCGUCGCCGCAGGCGUCGCUGCGGGUGGAGAUGGAGUCUGCCCGCAUCAUCUACUGCUACCUCGGCAUCGCCGAGGUCAGGACUCUCCAGCAGUGCCUGUUUUUACAUUUUCAGGCCAACACCAAAACCUUCAGCAAAGAGUGGGUCGGGAUCAACGCGUUUUUAUCUCAGAACUGCGUCGUAGAGCCCGGGGUCUCCCCAAAAUCCAUCUACAUCAAAUUUGUGGAAGUGGAGAGGGAUUUUCUUUCCGCUGGCUCUUUGGUAGAGUGCCUGGAAAAAGCCAUUGGAUACCCCUUGAAAUUCAACAACUGAAUCUCGUCCUUCAUAAGGAUUAAGGGCUUCUGCCCGUUUCCCAUCUCACCGUCGGGCGCUGCUGGAUGCUGUGCGCAGCUGGAGGCGCUGCUCAGCAGUGUUUGAUUGGGGGCUGCUGGGCCGUGGGGCGGCUGUGGGGCAGCGCUGAGCCCUGCCCAGCUCAUCCCAUACAUUCCACGUCGGGCGGAGCGGACGUUUCAUACGAAAAGCUGUUUUUCCACAAUGUCUCAUUUUUACACAUCCGUCUCUAAGUGUUAUUACAGAUCUGAAUAAAUAAGCAAUAGAUAACGGCGAGUUAAACCUUGAAUCACGUUAAAGGAGACUGUUUUUCAAAGCCACCCUUAGAUACUGUUGUAUAUAAUUUAGAAGUCCACUUUUUUCACCCAUCCAGUGUUCUCCUAUCUCCAAACAGUGUUGCCUGCAAAGACUUUUGUUUCUGUGAUGUAUUCCACUUUCCUAGUAGUGUUGCCAUAUCCGCUUUUAUUUUAUUUUAUUUUAUUUUAUUUUUUAACAUUAAAAGAAUUCCCGGCCUUUUGUUAUUUUAUUUUUAUGGGUUUAUUUGUUCAGUUCUAGUUUAACCUCUUUGUGAGAAUAACCUGGCAGCUGGGGAACAUUCUGUCAAUCCAUGCUUAUGGGUACAAUCAAAGCUGUGAGAUGGGGGGGGAGGGAGGUGGGCUGGGGGCACGUGGGCCGGGAGGAAGCAUUUAAAGCCUUUCCCAAGUGUUACUAUAUGUGCCCCAUCACUUGGCUGGCUGGUGCCGGCGUUUUGGUUUCUGAAGCUCAUCGGUCAGUGACGUUGUGACAUACAAUGAAUGUGUCAGUCCUAAUAAAAUCGAGCAAAGCGCACGGA